GUUGCGUCCCGGGGUCCGGGUCCCUGGCGGCGUGGCCCGCGGGUCAUGGCCAAAGGACAGGGCGCCGAGAGCGGGUCCGCGACUGGACUGUUGCCCACCGGUGUCCUCCAAGCCGGUGAACACCCGGCCCAAGUGAAGAAAGAGCCAAAGAAGAAACAGCAGUUGUCCAUUUGCAACAAGCUUUGCUAUGCAGUUGGGGGGGCACCCUACCAGGUGACAGGCUGUGCCCUGGGGUUCUUCCUGCAGAUCUACCUGUUGGAUGUGGCUCAGAAGGUUGAGGGGUCAUCUUUUGCCUCUUCCCCAUUCCAGGUAAGCCCUUUAUCUGCCUCCAUCAUCCUAUUUGUGGGCCGAGCUUGGGAUGCCUUCACGGACCCCCUGGUGGGCUUCUGCAUUAGCAAAUCUUCUUGGACCCGCUUGGGCCGCCUCAUGCCCUGGAUCAUCUUCUCCACACCCCUGGCCAUCAUUGCCUAUUUCCUCAUCUGGUUCGUGCCUGACUUCUCGCACAGUCCGAUGAGUAUGCUGUGGUACCUGCUUUUCUAUUGCCUCUUUGAGACACUGGUCACGUGUUUCCACGUUCCCUACUCAGCUCUCACCAUGUUCAUCAGCACAGAGCAGAGUGAGCGGGAUUCGGCCACUGCAUAUCGGAUGACUGUGGAGGUCCUAGGCACAGUGCUGGGCACAGCAAUCCAGGGGCAAAUCGUGGGCCAAGCAGCUGUGCCUUGUAUCCCGCUCCCCGGUCCUUUUGGAGUGGCCUUGGAAGAUGCCAACCGCACACAGAGUGCCCUCUCAAUCAAAAAAACGCAAGAGGCAUACCUGUGGGCAGCAGGCGCCAUUGCCUCCAUCUAUGUCCUCUGUGCUAUCACCCUGAUCCUGGGUGUUCGGGAACAGAGAGAACCCUAUGAGACUCAGCAGGCUGGGUCGAUGUCCUUCUUUCGGGGUCUCCGGCUGGUCAUGACCCACGGCCCAUACGUCAAGCUUAUUGCCGCCUUCCUCUUCACCUCCCUGGCUUUCAUGCUGGUGGAGGGAAACUUCGCCUUGUUUUGCACCUAUACCUUGGGCUUCCACAACGAGUUCCAGAAUCUGCUCCUGGCCAUCAUGCUCUCAGCCACAUUGACCAUUCCUUUCUGGCAGUGGUUCCUAACCCGGUUUGGCAAGAAGACAGCUGUUUACAUUGGCAUCUCCUCAGCAGUGCCGUUUCUCAUCCUGGUGGCCCUCAUAGAGAGAAACCUGAUCAUCACAUAUGUGGUGGCUGUGGCAGCAGGCAUCAGUGUAGCAGCUGCCUUCUUACUUCCCUGGUCCAUGCUGCCUGACGUCAUCGAUGACUUCCACUUGAAACAGCCCCACUCCGUUGGGACUGAGCCUAUCUUCUUCUCCUUCUAUGUCUUCUUCACCAAGUUUGCUUCCGGUGUCUCAAUGGGUAUCUCUACCCUCAGUCUCGACUUUGCUGGGUACCAGACCCGUGGCUGCUCCCAGCCGGAACAUGUCAAGUUUACAUUGAAGAUGCUGGUGACCAUGACUCCUAUAGCCCUCAUCCUGCUGGGCCUGCUGCUCUUCAAACUGUACCCCAUUGAUGAGGAGAAACGGCGGCAGAACAAGAAGGCCCUGCAGGCUCUGAGGGAAGAGGCCAGCAGCUCCGGCUGCUCCGACACAGACUCUACAGAGCUGGCCAGCAUCCUCUAGGGUCUUCUGGGUUGCUCAAAGCCACUACACACGGGGCCUGUGUCUCCAGGCCACACAGAGGACUCCGGACCUACUUGCCAGCUCACUGAACAGCUGGUCUCCAGGUGCCAGGAAGGGAGUCCAAGCAUGAGCGGCCCAGGACACCUCAUGUGCCCAGCAGGAGGAAGGCCAUUCAUGCUGCCUGCCCUCUGCCCACUCCUGGGGCUGAGCUCUAGGGCUGCUACUGUGACUAUGCCAAGGACUGAUAGGGCCUAGCCCAGAACACUAAUAUAGAAACGUUUUAUACAGAAACUAAUUAAUAACUUAAUGACCUUGUACAUAGUGUUGUAUGUAUAUGUAUAUGUCUGUGAGCUAUUAAUGUUAUUAAUUUUGAUAAAAGCUGU